AUGUGGUAUGCACAGAUUGUAUGCUAUAAUGUUUAUGUACCAUUAUUAUUGAGACUUUCAAAUGAUGUUGAGGAAAAUCCAGGUCCCACCGAUGUUAAUGAAAUAGUUGAUCCUACUUUUACAGUUUGUGCAGAUUUUAAUCAAGGUAAUGCAUCAAUGUUUGGAAGUAACGCUGGUAAACAAUGUGUUGCAAUGUCGAUCUAUGCGAUUUUAUACAAUGAAAUAAAGUCUAUAAACAUCUGGGAUACAUCAAUUAUGAAUAGAAUUCUAAUUAAUGGAAACAGUCUUUAUAGUUUCAUUAGUCAGCAUGUUCAAAAAGAUUUCUUGUUGCUCACAGAGGUACCAGAGAUGGUCUCAAUCGAUACAAAUACUUUUUGUUUAGAAUACAGUGAGUCCUUUUCUGGGGCUUUAUUAAUGGAUCAUAACAAUGAACCUCAUGUUACACUUGAACAUUCUUUUAAUCAAGUAUUUGGUAUUGGUAAUUACAAAACAUGUUUACUAACUAUAGGAGCAAAUACUGUUGCUGUGUUUAUGCCCUUUCCAGAUGUGUUUAAAAUUUUUGACUCUCAUUCACUAGAUAUGCAUGGAAUGCAAUUUGCAAACGGAUAUAGCGUAUUGAUUUCUGUUGAGGGACUUGAGAACCUUGUGAAUUUUUUUCAACUCACUAGAAACUCUGACAGCCAGAAUUUUGGCAACUUAUUUGAAUUAAAAGGUGUUAAAUGUCAUAAAAGCAAUGACCUAUCAAACAGCUUAACUGCAGGGAAUUUUUACAAUACAUCCACCAAAGAAAAUGAACUAUCAAAGGAAAAUACAAAUAUCAGGCUUGCAAAACAAAGGGAUUGGAAGGCAGCUCAGCGAAAAAUUGAGUCGAUUGAAAAAAAAGAAAAAGGCUUCUAAAAUGUAAAGCAUACCAGAGAGCUAAAAGACAAAAUGAGUCUGUUGUAGAAAAGGAAAAAAGACUUGCAAAGGAAAGAGAUUAUAGAAGAGCACGGCGAAAAAAUGAAACAUCAGAACAAAGAAAACAAAGAUUAGCAAAAGUAAGAGCUUAUAAAAAUUCAACUAAAGAAACCAAGUCUAGCCCUAAUGUGCACCAACAACAGGAUGAUGAGUUAUUACACUUAAUAGAUAAAUUUCAUAAAUCUGUUUCAACAGGUCCGUUAUACAUAUGCUCAUGUUGUGACCAGUUAUGGUAUAAACAUAGUGUUUGUCCUGCUGAUAGACUGAGAUUGUCCAAUACAAAUUCUAUACAGUAUUUGCAAGGAAUCAAGAGUGUAGAUAAUAUUGAGUGGCUUUGUUUGACUUGUAACAACCAUUUGAAAAAAAAUAAACUACCACCAUGUGCAAUUGCAAAUGGCUUCAAAUUUCCAACAAAACCUGAAUUCUUUGAUUUAAAUGAGUUGGAAUGUAGAUUAAUAGCACCACGAUUGGCAUUCCAAAAAAUUAUGCAAGCCCCCAGAGGUGGUCAACUUAAAAUAAUAGGAAAUGUUGUCAAUGUUCCAGCAGAUGUUUGCAAUACUGUUAAUAUGCUACCCAGAUUAGCACAGGAUACUGGUACUAUAAAAGUUCAGUUAAAACGCCGACUGCAGUAUAAAAGUUCUGCGCUGUCUUUAAAUGUAAGACCUAACAAAGUCAUGCAAGCAGCUGCUUGGUUAGUAAAUACUAGUGAUUUAUAUAGAGAGCAAGGAAUAAGCUUUGAUCAGAACUGGAUAACAUACUUUGAUCCAACAAUAUCAAAUGAAGAAUGUGGCAAUGAGAAUACAAAUAGUUUAGUUGAUCAAACUACUUUAGCUGCUCCAGAAGAUGAAUGGAGUGAGGAUGAAGCAGAGACACCUGCUGGCGUAACUGAUACUAUGCUAACUGCUGCAGAUUUUUUAGAUGAUAAUGAACGACAACACAUAUACAAUGUUGCACCAGGAGAAGGUAGUAGACCACUCAGUAUAUUUAGAGAUCAGUUUUCAGAGGAAUGAAUUAGCUUACCCUGGAAUAUUCUUAGGUCAGAAAAGACCAGAUGAGAAACAAAGACUGAAAACUGUUUAUUACAGUGAAAUAUGCAAAUCAGAACUUAGAAGGUCUGAUCGACGAGCUGCAAUGUGUAUUGAGAACAUAUUUUUUAAGGCUAAAAAAUUACAAAUGAAAUUAUUACUGGGACAAUCGCAAGUUGCUCUCCGAAAAUGUAAAGUGGGAAAUAGAACAAUUACUGCUGGGCAAUUGAAAACACCGGAAGGCUUAGCAAAUUUAAUUAGCCAUGAUGAAGGUUACAAAUUUUUACGAGCCUUGAGAGGUGUUCUCCACCUUACUUUGAAAAAGCUAAAAAAGACUUGUUUGCUAUGAUUCGGCAGUUAGGGCCAGCAUCACUAUUCUGUAGUUUUUCUUCUGUGGAGACAAAAUGGAUCCAUUUAUUAAAAAUCCUUGGUAAACUUAUUGAUCACAAAGACUAUAGUGACGAAGAUUUAGAAAAUCUUACAUGGGAUGAAAAGUGUAGACUGAUCCAAAGUGACCCAGUAACAUGUGCAAGGCAUUUUGACUACCAAUUCAAUACUUUUUUAAAACAAUUUUAAAUGAGUGAUAUUGCUCCUCUAGGAAAAAUAAAAGAUUGGUUUUACAGGGUUGAAUAUCAACAGCGAGGCUCGCCUCAUAUUCACAUGUUAAUAUGGCUUGAAAGUUCACCUGUAUUUGGUGUUGAUAAAGAUGAAGAUGUUACUGCAUUCAUUGACAAAAUAAUUACUUGUAGUAAACCAGUAAAUAACUCAGAAUGAAUUCAACUUGUAAACAGGCAAACUCACAGGCACUCCCACACAUGCCAAAAAAGGUAAAAAAAUGUUUGUAGAUUCAACUACCCUCAGCCACCAAUCAGAUCUACACAGAUACUUUAUCCACUUGAUGAUGAUACUUCUCAGAGUGUCAUAAGAAACACAAAAGACUUGUGGAAAGAUAUAAAAAAUAAACUGAAUGAUCUAAAAGAGGGUAAAGUCAUUACAUUUGACCAGCUUCUAAAAGAGCUGAAUGUUUCAGAACGUGAAUAUAUUCUUGCUGUUCGAUCGUCCCUUAAUUGUCCAACAAUAUUUCUAAAACGAAGUCCGAAUGAAUUACGAAUAAAUAAUUAUAAUCCUGCAUGUCUCCAUGCGUGGAGAGCUAACAUGGACAUUCAAUUUGUGCUUGAUGUUUAUGCUUGUGCAAUGUACAUUGUCUCAUACAUUUCAAAGGCACAAAAAGGAAUGAGUGAGUUGUUACGAAAAGCUUGUGCUGAAGCUAAAGAGGGCAAUUCCAGUAUAAAGCAGCAGGUUCGUGAUAUUGGAAACAAGUUCUUAAACUCUGUAGAAAUAAGUGCACAAGAGGCAGUGUAUAUCAUUCUUCAACUUCCAAUGCGCAAGUCUUCUCGAAAUGUGGUGUUCAUUAACACAUCUCUAUCAUGUGAUCGGGUUGAACUGCUGAAACCGUUAAGUGAAAUUGAGAGAAUGUCAGAUGAAUCUGAAGAAAUCCAUUCAGGUGGUCUUUUCAAACGAUAUGUUGAACGACCAGAUUGUUUACAAAAUGUUACAUUAGCUGACUGGGCAGCAUGGUAUGACUCUUGUGGACAAAGCAAAUAUAAAAAAACACUAAAAAAUUCAGAUGUUGACAACCUUCCAUUGGAAGAUGAAGAUGAGAAUAAUGAUGAUGAACUUUGUCAUGAAAAGAUUGAAAGUUGCAUUACGUCUAAAAAAUCAAUUAAAAAAAGAUAG